AUGGAUUCAAGGAAGCGACAAGCAGAGUCAAAGGAGGGCAGUAGUAAAAAAAUAAAAUUAGGAGUUCAUACUCAGAAGCCAUGCUUAGAUAAACCUGAAGAAAAACAUACUAAGAAUAUUAUUAAUUCGGAAGGCUUUCUUACCAAAGUAACUGCAUACAUAAUACCAGCUGGCAUUGAGAAGACUCGACUUGAAAUCUUUAAGAACCAGAUUGUUAAAAAUGGCGGACACAUAGAAGAGAGAUUUGAGUUAAAUGACAGCAUAACUCACAUAAUAGUUGAUGAUAAGAUGGAAGUUUCAAGACUGCUGAGACUUUUAUGUAUAGAUGUGUUUCCAAAGAUACCAGUUGUUAAAUCAGCUUGGCUGAGCUUAUGUUUACGAAAGAAAGAGCUAGUUCCAUUUGAAGAUUUUCAGCUGCAAAACAUGUCAACUGUCUCUGUUCAGUCUAAAGUAGAAGCAACUGAAAUCAAAAACACAGAGGCAAAAGAUGUGGUUUUACCCUUGCAUCUACCUGUUUUAAAUGACCAUCAGUUGUUUACCAAAGCUGAUCAGGUUGGUCAUAUGUCACACAUGACAGACAGUGGUAGUGACUCAGAGCAUGAGUCCAGUGAUGACGCCAUCAGUGAAAGAUUUUGUGAGCCAAUAAAUUCUGUGAGUUGUACAACAAAUUCUGUGAGCAUCGCAACAAAGAUGAGAACUCCAAAGCAAAUUCCUAUUGAUAAGUGGAUAUGUGCACAGUCAUCCAAGAAUCCCUCACCAAAUUUCAACCAGAAAAUUACUGAAAAAUUAGAGGAAAUGGUGAAAAACUAUGAAAGUACAAAUGAUAAAUGGAGAGCAUUUGGCUAUCAGAAUGCAAUUAGAGUCUUGAGUCGUCAUCCAAAAGAGAUAUCAUCAUGGGAGGAAGCAAAGUCUCUUCCAAGAGUAGGCAAACGACUGGCAGAUAAAAUAUGGGAAAUUGCUCAAAGUGGUGAACUUAGAAAGUUGAAGGAAUUUGAAACAAAUGAAGCUGUUAGUACUCUUAAACUGUUUACAAAUGUAUGGGGGGCUGGCCCUCAUGCAGCUCAGAUGUGGUAUCAACAGGGCUUUCGAACAAUCUCAGAUUUAAAAGAGAAGGCCAGCCUUACUCAUCAGCAACAAGUUGGUGUACGCCUGUAUGAGGAUCUUUUAGACAGGAUGCCCAGAGAAGAGGCUGGAGAAAUUGAGAGAGUUGUGAAAGAAGCAGCUGAAAGUCUCCAGGAUGGGAUUAUUGCUCAGGCAUGUGGAUCCUAUCGACGAGGCAAACCUACCUGCGGUGAUGUUGAUGUCCUUAUAACACAUCCUGAUGGGAAAUCGCACAGAGGAAUUUUUCAUAGGCUUCUUGCUAAACUUAAAGAAUCAGGAUUUCUAACAGAUGACCUUGUUUGUGUAAGUGAGACUGAUAACCAGAAGAAAUAUAUGGGUGUUUGUAAACUACCAGGUGAAAACAGAAAACACCGCCGCUUGGAUAUCAUUGUUGUUCCUUAUGAAGAAUAUGGAUGUGCUCUUGUGUACUUCACUGGCUCUGCACACUUUAACAGAUCCUUGAGACACUUAUGCAAGAAACAGAACAUGUCCCUUAAUGAGCAUGCUCUUAAAACAGGAGUUGUUAGAAAGGGGUCUGAGAAAAUUUGUAAAGGGACUAUAAUCCCAACUCCAACAGAAGAAUCAAUUUUUCAGGUACUGAAAAUUCCUUUUCGUCCUCCAGAGGAAAGAGAUCACUAA